AUAUUACCGCCACCGCCACCGGGCGAAACCGCCGCCGGCCGCAAGUGGCGCGCCGCUAUAAAAAGCCCGCCACGGACCCUUGCCUGCCGCAUCUCCCCAAACAGGCCGACCGACCAAAGAGAGAGCUAGCAGACGAGCACUAGCAGCGAGCUAUAUAAACUGUAAGCUCUCGAUCUAUCAAGAGGAAAUCCUCUCUCAGUUUCCAAGAUGAGCGUGGAGAUCCUGGACGGGCGGACGGUGCGGAGCUUCGUGGAGGACGAGGGCGCGUUCAACUCGUGCGUGGACGCCCGGUUCGCGGCGCUGGACGCGGACCGCGACGGCCGGCUCUCGUACGCCGAGAUGGCGCGGGAGCUCGCGGCGCUGCGCGUGCGGGAGGCGCACUUCGGCGCCGACGCGCCGGCGCCCGCGGCCGAGCUCGCGCAGCUCUACGGGGCGCUCUUCGCGCGCUUCGACCGCGACGGGGACGGCGCCGUGGGCCCCGACGAGUUCCGCGCCGAGAUGAGGGAGGUCAUGCUCGCCGUCGCCAGCGGCCUCGGCGCGCUCCCCGUGCAGAUGGUCGUCGAGGACGGCGGCCUCCUCAGGAGGGCCGUCGACAGGGAGCUCGCCCCCACCACGGCAGCCUGAACGCCACGCCGUCCUCAUGCGCCGCUGAUCCCCGUGCUGAUCCUGAAUUCCUGACUCGCCGUGUGGCGUUGCAGCUCACGGUUAUUUGAGAGUUUCUUAUUAAUGCAGUAUCACGUAGUACACUCAUCACAACGUAUAGUACUUUUACACGCUACUUAUUAUCACGCACAAGAGUAUUUGGAUUGUGUACUUAUGUACUAGGCGCGUGCAUUAAUUAUUGCUGAGAGUGGUUUCAGCAGGCUUUCUCAGCUGUGUAACCGUGACGGUAUUUAUAAAUAUGGUCGGAGAGUACUCCUACGUGCUGAUGAA